AUGAAACGUGGGGAUGGUGAACUGAAUAUCAUGAUGCCAGGACGAUGUAUAUUAGGUAUAUUUGCAUAUGUGGGUAUCAAUCGACUGGCAUCCCUCGCCGACAGUUAUGGUCAGGACGUAACUGUUCUGGUCAACAAGGUUGCUAAGAUCAUCCAUGGUUGUGCUAAGCAUUGGGGUGGCGUUGCUAAUCAGAAUAUCGAUAACGGCUUCUUUCUCGUGUGGAAGCUAGAUAAUCAGUACGAUCCUCAAUCCAGCAAGGUGGACCUCAAGAACGAGGUGCUUCUCAAGCGAUCCAAGAUGGCAGACAAGGCAUUCUUUUGUGGUCUGAAAAUGUUAUCUCAACUUGAAAGAUUCUCCAGCCGUAGGAGUGGUGCCACUGAGGUGAGAGUCGCUUAG